UCCCCAACUUUCCUCUUCUUCUUCUUCUUCGUGUUCUCUGUGCAGCGGCGCAGCGGCGGAUGCCCACUGCUGCUUCCCUCCGCAUGACUGUCUGCCACCUGCCCCGGGGCAGCACGGGAAAUGUAGUUCACUUCAAAGUGUAGUUCAUGUGUGAGGCAGGAGCACCGCUGGGUGGUGCUGUUUCACAAGGCGUCAACAGACUUGUGACCUUUUAAAGACCCACAUCCUCCUCUUGGUGAACUCCCUCAGAACACCUUUGAUAGCAGAUCACAGACUGAUGAGAAGUGGAGGGAAGGGUUUUUAAUGUUUGCUGACAUGACUCCAGGUUCAAACCCCACACUGUCAGCCUCAACUGAAGGGUUUGAGAAGUGCCCACUGUACGAGAACCAAAAACCGAGAUUGGAAAAGAUCUUUUCAGAGUCGAAGGAUCGGAAAAAUCCAAAAUCACCAUCCUUUAGGAACUGUCUGAAUUGUUUCUUCAAGGACCGAGUGAGGAUGGAGCCCAGAGAAAAACACAGGAGUUCUCAAACUGUAAUGACCCAAGGAAAACUGAGGGACCUGGCAUCAAAGUGGUUCAUAGACACUCAAGUACCCCUCAUCGUCCACAACGGUUUAUUCCCCAACUGGUUCCUGGGCUUUAUCACCAGAAAGGAUGCUGAAGAAAUACUCAGAGAAAGGGAGCCGGGCUGUUUCCUGGUCCGUCUCAGUGAUAAGGCCAUCGGGUACAUACUCUCCUAUAAAGGCAAAGAUCGGUGUCGACACUUUGUGAUAAACCAAAAUGAAGAAGGGCAGUUUAUAGUCUGUGGAGACAAUGAGGGACAUGACACAGUACCUCAGCUGAUAGAAUUCUACAUGUCAAGCCCGUUCAAACCGUUUGGAGAAUUUCUGACAUCUUCCUGUUUUGAGGUGAUGAACGAAGAGCUAUACGAUACUGUCCAGAUCUGUCCCAAAGAAAAACCUGUGGCUUCUGUCAGAACUGGUAAAAAUGUGCCGAAACAACGGAUUGACUUGCCCUCUGAGCGGUCAUGCACUCAGCCGCCGCAGAGCAACAGGACACGAGAGGAAGUGCCACCUUUGCCUCAGAGGAACAGGCACUUUGACACCGGCCCCCUGCACAACCAGGACGGUGUUUUGUAUGCUCAGAUCAGGAAGCAGUCACCUAGGGAAGUAUCAAGAUCCCAACACAUCUUUCAGGGCCAUUUACCUGGAGACAAUCAAGGAAGGCCCGAGAGAUCCACCGCCCAGAAUCAGACUGUCAUUCGGUUAAGUCCUCCGUCAGGACAAGGAUCGUCUCCAUUCACCGAACUCAGCCCGCUAGAGAGCUACGGGGAGCACUGUAACAGGCUGAGGACACCCCCACACACCCUACCAAGACUUUCUCCCAAGCCCGUCAGACAAGACAUGUGCAGUCACCCGCAGUCAGACCAAUGUGGUCUAGACCAUGCCGUUUAUCACCUGGCCGGUAAAUCUGGCAGCCCACACACUGCAGCGUCUGAGUCCAGCUCACUGACACCAGAGCAGAGUGGUGAGUCACUGUACGCUGAGGUCCCCGGUGUGGCCCUCUUCAAUCACUUCUCUGAAGACAACAAAUACCAGCAGAUUUCUGUGCACGAGGACUCAGUUCAUCCUAACACCAACAAUAACACUUACGAGCCUCCCGAGAACGUCAAACCCAAGGCAUUAAAGAAUGACAAAAGGAAAUGGGCCAUGUGGAAAUGGUGAAGAGUCUCAGUAAUCAGCCACUGAAGAACAUGUUGACUUAUUUCCCUCUGACACUACUGUGCUACUAAUAUUCACCCUGUGACAACUUAUUUCAUAUGUUCAGUUUAAACCUACGUGUUCAUAAAUAUUCAAAUGUUUUUUUGUUUUCAAUGUAUUUAUUUAAAAAUGAUGAUGCCUUUACAUUUUCU